CGAGCAAGCAAGGCCAUCCAAUUUCAUGUCUUGUUCAGCCUCGUCGAUCUGUCUUCCCAAGACGCACAGCCACAUUCAGCCACCAAGGCUAUCGGAAUAUUCUCUUGUUAUCAAAAAAGUUACAGCGUUUUGACGGAAUGAGGGGUGCAAUCUUUACGAGAAACCUCCCACGCAGCUUUCUGCUUUUUGUCUCUCCCCCUUCGAAUUGAUACGGCUUCGAUGGCUCAAGUUCUCCGCAGACAUGUCUUCCCUACCCCUCGGAGUCCUUUCUCCCUCUCCAAUCCUCGAUAUUUCUCCAUCAUAACCCCCCGACAAGCAUCUCCCGCCAAUCCUGCACAACAUCCCGAUCGUAGAAUGCGCAUGCAAGCUAUGGGGGGGACGCGAAUGGCAACCGACGUUGGCCUUCUACCUAAUACCUUUAUAGCAGCUAGCAGCCCUUCCCUGUUCAGACACCCCAAAGGACUUUUGAGGUUCCAAUGGAAGAGAUUCAAGACCCGAUUCUGGGACACCGUCGCCACCGUUGCAUUUAAAUGGAUGUCUCCCAAAACCGGGCGUGUACGAAGAAAGGUCCAACUGAAGCGCGGUUCGAUAGUCCCCGCAGCCGAAGCUCUGUACAGGGAAAUGUACCAAAAUUUCGCUGCUGGAGACAUCGGACGCUUGCGCAGAAUGUGCGCCGAUGGACUUUUCGAGAGUUUUGCCCAGCGCAUAGCUUCGAGGCCUCGGGGGCAAAAGGUCACAUGGAACCUUGUAAAGAUGAACCGAAGACCUAAGAUAAUGUCGACCAAAGCCGUCAUGAUACCCGGAGGCGAUGGCAAUGUGAUACGACAAGCAGUGGUUAGGGUUUCAAGUAGACAAAAGAUGACAUUGAAGGAUAAUAGAGGAAAAGAGCUGCCGGGAAGCAGUGAGAAGGAUAUCGUAGAGUAUGUGGUUGUGCAGAAGAUUUAUAGAAACUGGCAAGAUCCAGAAUGGCAGGUCUGGGGUACAACGAGGGGGACUACAUUGAAGGAUCUAGAUGAGUGGGAGAAGAUGGCCUAGGAGUGAUGGAUGGCGAUUUGGAGCUGUACAAUAUGCAUCUGUCUCAGUGUAAAAUAUUGGUGGGGUUAGCUACUUGUAUUGUACAUAAAUCCCCCCUUUCAGAGUUCUCAAAAGCGACUGGAACACCUGAAAUCUCACUCGGGGUGAGUGAGUAUGACAUAUCAUGGCUCCCCGCUGAGGUCACUUGGAGGGACGUAAAAGUUACCUGGAGCUAAGCGUAUCGCUCUUAUAAAAGAAGCUGUCACGAGGAACUCGAGUACAAUUAGGACAGCAGUUCUCUAUAGAAAUAAGGCGCAGACAGCUGUGAGUCCGGGACGGAUGCGAAAUUACUCUAGUAACAGCAGAGAUCUAUCCAGUGGUUUCUAUCUCCCAGGAUGAACGCUUCAUAAUUUUCUCCGC